AUGGUCGCUAUUACAGUAAAAAAUCUAUUGAAAACAUGCAUUCAUACAUUAUGGAAAUUAGUUCAAUUAUUAUGCUUUAUAGUUAUUGUUCCACCAUUAAUUAAUUAUGCAUCGUUGAAACGGGAAGCACCUUUACUUGGACAACAUGGUUUACCAUAUGAUAUCGGAUAUGGUCAAAAAUUAUUUUUACGUUGUCGAGGACGUGGUUUACCAACAGUUAUCUUAGAUGCUCCAACUGGUAUGAAUUCGGAUAUUUGGCUUCCUCUUCAAGAAAGUCUCAAACAGAUAACUACAGUAUGUAUUUAUGAUCGAGCUGGUUUAGGAAUGAGUGACCCACCACCGCCACCACCUCCAUCAUCAAGUUCAACAACUGAACAAAAGUCAGAUGAUAAAGAAAAGAAAAUACCUAAACAUCGUGGCAUGGAUUAUACUGUAGAAAAAAUGUCGGAAGAUCUUAAUCGUCUUAUAACUGCAACAAGUCAACAAGCAAAACCAUUUAUUCUAGUCGGUAAUGAUCUUGGUGCUAUAGUUACUCGUUUUUAUACACAAAUGUAUGAAUUUGAUGUUAGUCAUUUGUUUUUAAUUGAUCCAUUAGUCGAAACAUUAUUUGAUAAUGAACAAUGGAAAGACCAUUGGUAUAAUAAAAUAAUUCCUCGUUUACAUGCUAUGCAACUUUCAGCAGCUGUUGGUAUCAAUCGACUUCUUGUUUUAACAUCGAUGAUUGAUACACCAUUAGGUAUAGAAAAAUCGAACAAUAUAGAAGAUGAUACUAUUAAUAUUAAUCAUCGACAAAAACAUUUACUUUGUGAUGCUUCUCAUAUUAGCUCAUCUAUUCGAGAACAUUUUCAUAUGAAUGAAACAUUUUCACAAAUGAAAUUGGCUUGGCGAAUGAAAGCUUUUCCUUCGAAUGUAUCUGUAACAAUUAUAAAUCGUCGACAAUAUGAUAAAAAUCUAUCCAAUGAUUUGAAUAAAGCAUGGGAUGAAUCACAAGAAUAUCUUCGUACGCAAUUAUUUCGUAAUCAAGCUCAACAUCGAAUAAUUGAUUCAACAGAUAAAUAUUUUAUCUUUAAUAAACCAGAUCUAUUAGAAACAUUAAUUGAAGAUUCAAUAAAUAAAUGGCGGGAACAAACAAAAGCGGCAUAA